AUGUUCGAAUCGAUUGUCAACUUCCUAUCACCCGCGGCACUGUCCAAUUCCAUCCUUCGAGAGGCAGUUGCUGCUGCCCCGGAUUCUUCCAAGAUGAUGACGCGCCGUGCCCAUUCCUCCCUAGAGUCAGCAGCGGCUGUCGUUGCUGCCACCGCGACUACGAUUACAACAGACACGAUGGAACAUGACGCUUUUAAUAACAACGGCCCCGUCGGGGUUGACUUCUCCGGUCCUUUACUCACUCCAGAAGCUAGUCGUUCCGAAACGUCGAGCAACCAUGAUCUUGUCGCCGGCGAUGAGAAACCCCAACCACGACGAAGAUCUGCGCGUGUGACGCGUUUGUCACUCCGCGCACUAGAGAAUCUACGAGACUUAGAGGAGGAGAAUAAAUCGAAACAGGCGGGGAGAUCGCCAACUCGUCCCAAAGAUCGUACUGUUUCAGGAGAGACACUUAUAAACAGCAUUGCCGACAGCCGCGCUUCUCCCUCGUCACCAAAGAAUGAUACCAACCACGACCAUUCAUGGAGCCAGACAACCCUCUUGCGAGACGGACCGGAUACUAACGAACAUGCGCACCUUGCAACACCCGUCUCAAAGCGGUCCGAAGAAGAGGAGGUACCAAGAAGACGAUCACUACGAGCUCGCCCAGCCAAGGAGGAUGAUCCUAAUGCUAAGGAAAACAAGGAGGAUAAUAUGGAAGUUAAUAUAUCAAUCAACAAGCGAGAAAAAGCUACACCACCGCGCCGGUCGUCUCGACUUAGUAUGGUCACCCGAGCUGCAGAAGUGCUCGAUAGAGCUGCCAGUGUCUUGGGCAAACGGUCUCGAGAUGCAAUGGAAAAAGCUGUCAUGCAGCGUCGCGCAAGUCUACGCCCUCGACAUUCGCUUCCUGCAAAGGACAGUCUAGCGAAUUCUGAGCUGCCUGAUCACAAGAAGCGCCGAGUGUCCGAUAGUGAUCUUCAAGCAAAGAAGACAGAGUUGGAUUCUGCAGAAAAACCUGAUACUGACAAAAUAGCACCAGUUGCACCACAGUUCAAACCCAAGCGAUGGCUGGAUCAAGGAAUGUAUACUGGUCAAGAACGCGACUACGAUCCCCGGUUGAACGAGGCGAAUAAUAAAAUCAGGGCCGCCAAACGCAGAGCUGCGCCCGAGCCACAACGAAAACUUCUGCCUUUACCAAUGUUUGCUGGGGAGAGAUUGCUCAAAGUUGGCCGUGAUUUUAAGCUUCCUUUUGAUAUAUUCUCGCCUCUCCCUCCAGGUCAGCCAAAGCCAGAUGAGUGGAAGAAGGUAAACCGAAACGUGUUUGUAGGCGAUGCUGCUAGUUUCUGGCGAGAGAAUAAAAAGAUCGAGCUUUCAACUUGCCUUUGCAGUGAAGAGACUGGAUGUGAUGAAGACUGUCAGAAUCGGUUCAUGUUCUACGAAUGUGAUUCGAGCAACUGCCGCGUUGGACCUAACUGCGGCAAUCGAAGCUUUGAGGAGUUGAAGCAGCGUACAAAGGCUGGCGGGAAAUAUAACGUCGGCGUGGAGGUUAUUAAGACAGCCGAUCGAGGGUAUGGUGUACGCAGCAACCGUACCUUUGAACCGAAUCAGGUUAUUGUGGAGUACACAGGCGAGAUUAUCACGCAGAGCGAAUGUGAACGGCGCAUGCGGACGGUUUACAAGAACAAUGAGUGCUAUUACCUGAUGUACUUUGACCAAAAUAUGAUCAUCGAUGCAACACGCGGGUCUAUUGCGCGUUUCGUCAAUCAUUCAUGCGCUCCCAACUGCCGAAUGGAGAAAUGGACAGUUGGUGGGAAGCCACGCAUGGCUCUAUUUGCAGGUGACAGAGGUAUCAUGACUGGAGAAGAGCUCACUUAUGACUAUAACUUUGAUCCAUACUCUCAGAAGAACGUUCAACAAUGCCGCUGUGGCGCUCCAACCUGCCGUGGUGUUCUCGGCCCUCGCCCAAAGGGACGCGAAAUCAGGGAGUCCAAAGCGGAACAGAAGAAGGUAGCUCUGCAGAAGAAAGCCAAGAGUACUCUUGUGGGGACAAAGCGCAAGCUAGGGAAUGUGCUGGAUGAAUCGACCACUGCUCUUAAUAAAAAGAGAAAAACCUUAGCAGGCACGUCGGUUAGGACAAUUUCCAAGGUAGUGUCCAAAGCCAAGUCAGCAUUGAACAGCAAGAAGGCUCCAGUUCAAGUGAAGAAGAACGUCACUGUCACGAAAACAACAAAACCCUCGGCAAAAUCUACGACGAAAACAAAGACUAUUAGCAAGUCGAGAGUCACGAAGGUGGCCACCGCAGCAAAGGCAACCAAAGCAACAUCCAAAGUGAAGAAUCAACAAGUGACGAAGAAGCACACUACGAAGUCGGCUUCCAAACAGCCUACCAAAGAGACAAACGCCGUAUCGAAACCACUGUCGGCGUCAGAGAAAGUUCGGAUCCGAUUCAAAGCGACGGCUCGUCGAUCGACUAGCUUUAAGAAGGGAACACAAACUUUGAAAGCGAAAAGUCCUGCAAAGAAGACCCCGUUGAAGAAAACGCCUAGCAAAAAGACUCCUAUCAAGACUCCAAGCGGGAGUGUUAAAAGCAGAGCGGCUUUGACGAAGGUGGGCAAAUGAUCUCUAAUCCUCGACUAUUUUCUCUAUCUUUGGCACCUGGUAUCGGACUUACUUCAUAUCUGGCGUUGGUGUUGCUUUACGGUUAUUCUAAUUGCGGGCGAAUCUGGUUGUUGAUCUGGCUGGUUGGGUUAAUCUACCUUCUAUCUCCUCGUUGUAUUCAACUCUAUUCUCGACUUCAUCUACUGAUUUACUAUCCCAUUCUAUUUUUUGAAUUGGCUUUAUUGAGGAGAGUUCAUAAUCAGCAUAGGGGUUUCUUGCUUCGAGUUAGGGCUUGUUAUUUGGGUUCUCAUCGGUGAUUGUUAUGAGUUCAUGUAUCGGCAGGAUCAUUACCAAGGAGUAUUCUAAUUCAAUCAGUCGAGCGUUAAUACAUUACUUGCUUA